CGGGCUCCGCCCGUCGCGCCGGAGGAGGCACUCUCGGACGGCCCACGGAGCUGUAGCUGACCUACGAGUCUUCCUUGCCGACAUUAUGCUCCAGUUCCUGCUUGGAUUUACUCUUGGCAACGUGGUGGGAAUGUAUCUGGCUCAGAACUAUGACAUACCAAACCUGGCUAAAAAACUUGAAGAAAUUAAAAAGGACGUGGAUGCCAAGAAGAAACCCCCUAGUUCAUGAGGCCAACUCCAGCACCGCCUCCUGGAUAAACUGAUUCUACUGUUCUUGAGGGCCUCCUUUACCAUCUGAACCAAAAGCUUUUGUUUUCAUCUCCAGCCUCAGCAGUUUUCUUCUUUGCUAGACCCUGCAUUGCCUUACAGCACAAAUGGGGCCACAAGUUAAGAACAGCCCUUACUUUUCCAACAUCCUCACUUCUUCCCUUCCUCCUUCCAGCCACUUGGGAGGUCCUGAGAAUGGAAUUGUGGUGCUAGAUUAGUAAACGUAACCUUUAAUUAGUAGUCUCUCCCUUAUUCUUUGGGAUUUCUACUACCGUUUUCAAAAGAAAAAUUGAUGAGUUUUGUAUAGCUGAUGAGAUAUAAAUAAUGCUGAUUUCACAGUCUAGAAAUUAUAUUGGGUGUUUAAACCUUUGGUAGUAAAUUAUGUUGUUUCAAAAUAGUAAUUAAAAUGAAAAUCUAGAAGCCAGUUUCUGGUGAGUUAUCCACUAAUUUUAUGUUGUUGUCAGGAAGCUCCAUAGUUGCUAAUUUAACCAAUAAAUCAAUUUGCUAUUCAUUAACCAAGAAACUCUGUUCUGAGAACCCUGUCAGGAACUGGGGAAUUGAAAAGUAUUUAAAGUAAUGGCCUUUGUCCUCAGUAGAAUUCAUAGUCUAGUAUGCAUGUUUUUUCCUAACGAUGCAUUUCAUCUGGCUCUGUUUUCUCAUAAGAAUCAUACUUAUUUUAUGGGAUUACAGGCACAUUUGACAUUACAUGGUAGAUAAAUGAGAAGUUGUCUAUAAAGGAAAUUUUAUGCCUUUUUACAUUAAAAAAUGUAUUUAAAUUAUAACUUUAUAGUGAUUCUCAUAAGAAGACUUUUUGUGUUUUUCUUUCUGCAACCAUAAAUUACUCUUGUAAUUUUUCAAGUGUAUAAUCAGUCCAUAAUUUUUUUUAAUUGAUAAAAAAGUUUAAAUACCUAACUUUUCCCCUGGGUCAGUACAAAGUGAUCUGCCUUGUCCCUCAGCUCCUAGUUCCUCUCCCUGGAGUCAGGCACUCGCUAGUUCCCUGUAUCCUUUUGCGAAAGAGUUUGUGCCUGAACAAACACAUGUACAUGGGGGUUUUUAUACAAAUGAUAACAAACUAUAUACAGUGUUUUCCCCAGUGGAGGUCAUUCCAUAUCAGUAGGUAAGGAACAAAGAAACUCUUUCCUUUUUUUGGCUACAUAAGGUUCUACUGAAUGAAUAUACCAUAAUUUUAUUUAAUCUGCUCCUGAGGAACAUUUAGGUUGUUUCCUAUCUGUUGCUAUUACGGUGAUAACCUUGAACCUAAUGUUAUUAUACAUAUCUGUGCAGGGGGAUAGCUCCAAGCUAAAGUCCUGGAAGUGUAUUUUGCACUAAAUAUAAAUAAAGGCCCAUUUCACUGGGUGUUUGGUUCCAGAGGGCUUGUUGGGCAGCUUCACUGAUGACGCCAUUUCUGAAGACAUUUUAGCAGAAUUAGUAAACUGGAAGAAUGGUUUAGAGACUGUUAUUUUCAGACAGUGAUGCCACUGAUACUAAAUGUGAUUAUAAAAUAAAGUGAUUCUGCUUCUC